AAAAUUUUAAGGAGAAAAAAAUAAUUAAAAAUGGCGCAAGUGAAACUGAAAACCCUACCUCCAAACAUUUUAGGUAUAAAAGCAACGCAACACUCAUUUGUCCCAACCCUAAACCCUCACAUCGCAUUCCCCCCCUCCCAUCUCACUCCCCCUCUCUCUAAAAUGGCCGCCGCAUCUGCAGCAGCUCGUCCCCUCGUCACCGUCCAAACCCUAGAUGGCGACAUGGCCACUGACCAGUCCCAAACCGUCGCCUUACCCGACGUCAUGAAAGCGUCCAUCCGCCCAGACAUCGUCACCUUCGUCCACGCAAACAUCUCAAAGAACAGCAGGCAACCCUACGCCGUUUCGAAGAAGGCCGGCCAUCAGACCUCCGCCGAGUCUUGGGGUACCGGACGCGCCGUCUCACGUAUCCCACGUGUCCCCGGCGGCGGGACCCACCGCGCUGGGCAGGGAGCAUUCGGAAACAUGUGCCGUGGUGGUCGCAUGUUCGCUCCCACCAAGAUCUGGCGCCGCUGGCACCGCAAGAUCAACGUGAACCAGAAGCGAUAUGCCAUCGUUACGGCCAUUGCAGCAUCCGCCGUGCCCUCUCUGGUUUUGGCCAGGGGACACAAAAUUGAGACCGUCCCGGAGCUUCCCUUGGUCGUCAGCGACUCCGCUGAGGGCGUUGAGAAGACCUCGGCGGCUCUGAAGCUUCUGAAGCAGAUCGGGGCUUACGCUGACGCCGAAAAGGCCAAGGACAGCCACGCGAUCCGACCCGGAAAGGGGAAGAUGAGGAACCGGAGGUACAUCAACCGCAAGGGCCCGCUCAUUGUGUAUGGAACUGAAGGGGCCAAGCUGGUGAAGGCCUUCAGGAACAUUCCUGGCGUCGACAUUAUCAAUGUCGAGAGGCUUAACCUGCUUAAGCUCGCUCCGGGUGGGCAUCUGGGUCGUUUUGUCAUCUGGACCAAAUCGGCUUUUGAGAAGCUGGACUCGAUUUACGGGUCAUUUGAUAAGGUUUCGGAGAAGAAGAAGGGCUACGUGUUGCCCAGGUCGAAGAUGGUGAAUGCUGACUUGGCGAGGAUUAUCAACUCUGAUGAAGUUCAGUCUGUGGUUAGGCCAAUCAAGAAGGAGUUCAAGAGGGCGCCUCUGAAGAAAAACCCAUUGAAGAAUCUGAACACUCUUCUGAAGUUGAACCCUUACGCUAAAACUGCUAGGAGGAUGGCUCUUUUGGCCGAAGAGCAGCGGGUGAAAGCUAAGAAGGAGAAGCUUGACAAAAAGAGAAAGCCCAUUUCAAAGGAGGAGGCAUCUACUAUCAAGGCCGCAGGAAAAGCUUGGUACAAAACUAUGAUCUCUGACAGUGAUUACACAGAGUUUGAGAAUUUCACAAAGUGGCUGGGUGUGUCCCAGUGAUUUAAUUUACUGCUUUGAAAAUCUAAGACUGUUUUGUUAGUCUAUUUUGUUGUGGUAUUUAUCUGUGUCUUUUGUUAUUUUGGGUAAUGGAGGAAAAUGAGUAUAAUGAGCGAGAGCAUUUCAAAGUGUGUUUCCUCUUUACGCUGUUAAAGAUUUUCAAUCACUGGCACUGGAUUUAUAUUUGUAGCUUAGUUUGUCAACUUAGUUUCAUGACAAUGUUAGCUACUUUGGUUUGCAAUACAAGCAUAAUUUUGUUUUGGAUUCCUUUAA